ACGCUGCGCCUUUAAGGAGGAGGGCUCCCGCCGCCGGGAGGGGCAGGUGGUCGGCUCGUCGGGUCUGAUCACCCGCCCCGCUCGGCGCGCAGAGUUGGGGGCUGCGCUGUUGUUGCGCCGUUGCUAUGUACCGCCUGGUGCGCCUGGGCCCGCUGCGGCUGCCGGCCAUCCCGCGCAGCCCCCCGCUCGCCGGCUUCCCCCGAGCAUUGGGCUACGGUCCCCGCCUCGCCCGGGUUGUUCUCAGUCCGCCGCUGCCCUUCGUAAGGCUGAGAGCCGCCGCCGGCACCUCCACCAAGGAUGCAGGUAUAUCCCCUGAAAAGGCAGCCACGGAUCCCAGUGAUGAAAACAAGAAACUCAACAAAUCCCAGCAACUGAAACAAGUUUUUAAGGAAUAUGGUGCUGUAGGGGUUUCAUUCCAUGUUGGAAUUUCCUUAGUAUCUCUAGGAAUCUUCUACUUGGCUGUGUCAAGUGGUGUGGAUAUGACUGCAGUUCUCUUCAAACUUGGUUUCAGUGAAUCAUCGUUGCAAUCUAAAAUGGCUGCUGGUACCAGCACAUUUGUGUUGGCAUAUGCUAUUCACAAAUUGUUUGCUCCAGUCCGAAUCAGCAUUACUAUCGUUUCUGUGCCAUUUAUUGUCCGAUACUGCCGGAAGAUUGGUUUCUUCAAACCUCCUGCCCCAAAUCCAUGAUGAUCUCUUACUGGUUUUUACUCUGUUUUUUAAGUGCUCUAUAUCCCUGUAGCUUUUCAGAUUGCUAAAUUUCUUUGGAAGACUUACUUGGAUUCAUGUUAAUGCUGAUCUGCUCUUGUAUUUCUUGCUUGUUCUUGCAGGUAAAUGUUACACUGUGAAAAGUGCUGUCCUCAUCUUCUUUCCCUUUUGCCACCUCUUUAGAAAAACCUGUUAAAAUGGUAUUUGUUUUCCACUGCAAGUAGUAACAUAAAUGCUUGACAAUGAUCAAUCUCUUUAGAACAUUCAGUUUUGGGUCUUUAUAAUCUAGCUUUUGGGGCCUUAAUUUUUUUUCUUGUCAAAACAAGAGUGGCAGCAUUAGUUUAUUACUGUGUAGUUGGGAAACAGAGUAAGAGUCCCUUCCUAAUAGUCUGGAAUAAACAAUAUGCUACUAUAUGAAUAGUUCUUUUGGUAAGGGUACAUAUUGGAAUCUAAGGUGGCAGGUGCGUGUUUCUUUUGUUAUAAAAGACAUAUAUUAUGACCCCAGUCUUGCAAUACAACACACAUGCUGAACUAACUUAAGUGGGAGUACCUGGAUGCUUAAUUAUUGCAGUGAUAGUGCAAUAGUGUGGUGCUCCCAUGUUUCAAGACUUCAUAGUUUGAGAAUGUGCUUUAUUUAUAGGCUAGGAACUGGCCUUCUGUAAAAUCCUUUUUAAAUUUUUUUUUUUGUCUAUAGACUCAGAAGGAAUCCUGAGUCUACUGAAAACAGUGUAACCAGAAUUACCUCUUAUGUGAACAUAUUCCAAAGAUCAUCAAGUCAGAGGCAAGGUAUCUGUGGGUUUCUAAAGUAUUGAGACCUGGCUUUGUACUGGAGACACAUUUUUAUCUGAAAACUAACCCUAGCAGCUUUCUGUUCCUGUGCAUGAAACUCAAAUCUGCAGCCAUUACAACUUAUAGCUUCACAAGAGCAAUUCCUGUGCUUUUGUCUGACAGACUGUUGGAUGUAGCAGUUAGAGGUGCUUUUUGUUUCCUUAUUUGGACACUAUUUCUAUUAGAAUGGAGUUGCACACGCAUGUAUUCCCCUACUACCUUUCAGUUCACCUAAAGACUGGAUCCCAAAACCAGGUAGUCAGCAUAACAUUCUGUGGUAAACCUGCAUUUCAGACUUAGGACUGUGCUUCUGUGAGAGAGCUCGAUCCAGACCUACUGGUCUUUUGGACCUGUUCCUCCUUCCAGUUCUGCUGUUUUUACACUGUCUUCCUCUGUCUUUGUGCUUACACUUAUGCCAAGGUGGCUCUGACACAGAUCUGUUCGUACAGAAAUCUGAUUAAAGUAAAAUAGCAGGAAAUUACCCUGGUGAUCACAGUAAUUUAUUUUUUUUUUUGCUGAAGUUUAUUGAAUUGAGAGGAAGGAAUCAUGCAGUUAGGAUGAGAGCUGUCUGAGGGAGACAGUCAUUUCUGAUAAGUAUGUUUUGUCGUAAAGUUAACAGAAAAGGACUACUCAAACUUUUUCAAACAAGUCCUUCUGUAAAGCAGGAAUCAUUUAAAGCAAAUGCACCUAGAAGUUAUUAAAAGUCACCAGCACUCACUAGAGACUUCUUGCAGUAAAGAAACAGCUUCAUUUAAGUUACCUGGUUGUAUAAACUACUGGCAGUUUGUUUAGAUGAAGUUUUUUCCAGAGUAUAUUUUAAAUUAAUUUGAGAAUAUAUUUUGAAUUCUAGAAUCCUUGCUUGUAAAAGGAUCAUUUUUUAAAGUGGUUUGUAAAAUAGUGAAGAUGACCAUGAAGUCUUACACUGAAAAUACAAUAAAUUGCUUUCUUUUA